ACACGGACGCGGGCCCCGUGUUUGUCAAGGUCAACCGCAGGACGCAGGCCCGGCAGAUGUUUGAGGGGGAGAUGGCAAGCCUGGAGGCCCUCCGGAGCACGGGCCUGGUGCGUGCACCGCGGCCCAUUAAGGUGAUCGACCUGCCAGGUGGUGGGGCCGCCUUUGUGAUGGAGCAUUUGAAGAUGAGGAGCUUGAGCAGUCAAGCAUCCAAACUUGGAGACCAGAUGGCAGAUUUGCACCUUUACAACCAGAAGCUCAGCAAGAAGAUGAAAGAGGGGGAGAACACAGUGGGCCAGAGGGCUGAAGGUGGUGAGCCCCAGUACGUGACCAAGUUCGGCUUCCACACGGUGACAUACUGCGGCUUCAUCCCACAGGUGAACGAGUGGCAGGACGACUGGCCAACCUUUUUCACCCAGUACCGGCUCCAAGCACAGCUGGACCUCAUUGAGAAGGACUACGCUGACCGAGAGGCUCGAGAACUCUGGUCAAGGCUACAGGUGAAGAUCCCGGGUCUGUUCCGCGACCUGCAGAUCGUCCCCGCCCUGCUCCACGGGGACCUGUGGUCGGGAAACGUGGCCGAGAACGAUGCGGGGCCCCUCGUGUACGACCCGGCUUCCUUCUAUGGCCACUCUGAGUUCGAGCUGGCGAUCGCCUCCAUGUUCGGGGGCUUUCCCCGGUCCUUCUUCAGCGCCUACCACCGGAAGGUCCCCAAGGCGCCGGGCUUUGAGGGGCGGCUGCUGCUCUACCAGCUCUUCAACUACCUGAACCACUGGAACCACUUCGGGCGGGAGUACCGGGGCCCGUCACUGCGCGCCAUGAGGCAGCUCCUGCAGUAGCGCCCGCUGUGGCCUCAGGGCCAAUAAAGCCGCAGUGCCCGGGGUCGC